UUUUUUUGACAUAAAAUAAAAAUUUUUAUUUGAAAAGAGACAGCGUGCAAUAACUUGAGUGUGACACACGACGCGAGUUUGUGAUGAUUCAUAUAUAUUUAUAUUGAAGGGGAAAAGACAAGAAGUAUUUGCAGAGAAACAAUCAGAAAGCAGUUGUGAGUUGUUGAUUCAGUGUUGAAAUUGCUGCAAUGGAGUCUCGGAAAGUCGUCGGUUUCGUUGGUUUGGAUGAAUUGGGAUUGCAGAUGGCGUCGUUGCUCGUUCGCCAUGGCUACGCUGUUCAAGCUUUCGAGAUAGGUGAUCCCAUCUUAGAAGAACUCGUGAAGCUUGGAGGAACUAGGUGCGCAAGCCCUUUGGAAGCAGGGAGAGGUGUAGCAGCUUUAGUUGUCCUAAUAUCUCAUGUGGAUCAAAUUAAUGAUCUGAUUUUUGGUGACGAGGGUGCUUUGAAAGGUCUAAAGCCAGAUACAGUCCUUAUUCUUCGUUCAACCAUAUCACCAUCAGUUUUACAAAAACUGGAGAAGGAUCUUGAAGAAAUUCAUGAGAUAGCUUAUGUCGUUGACGCUUAUGUCUCUUAUGGGAGGUCUGAUGCUUUGGUUGGAAAAGUCACUAUUGCAUCAUCUGGAAGAUCAGAUGCCAUUGCAAGAGUACAGCCUAUUCUUUCAGCUAUGUGUGAAAAGCUUUUCACUUUUGAGGGUGAAGUUGGUGGCGGCAGCAAGGUUAAAAUGGUUGCUGAGAUGCUGGAAGGAAUUCAUUUCAUUGCUUCAGUGGAGGCAGUCUCUCUUGGUGCAAAAGCUGGAAUUCAUCCAUGGAUAAUCUAUGAUAUAAUUUCCAAUGCUGCUGGAAAUUCGUGGAUAUUCAAGAACAAUAUUCCUCUGUUGUUAAAGGGAGAGGUUAAACAUCAAAUUCUAAACAGUUUUGCUAAGGAGUUGGAAAUCAUUUUGGAUAUGGCCAAGUCACUAACUUUUCCACUUCCACUGUUGGCUGCUACUCAUCAACAACUUAUUCACGGGGUUUCACAUGUUUGUUAUAAUGAUGAUGAUGAUCCAGCAUUAAUUAAGGUUUGGGAAAAGGUUUAUGGGGUGAAAAUUUCAGAUGCUGCAACUGCAGAUGCAUAUAACCCUGAACAACUGGCAUCUGAAUUCACUACUGAUUCUAAGACUGUGAGACGCAUUGGUUUUAUUGGCCUUGGAGCUAUGGGAUUUGGCAUGGCAACUCAUUUGGUGAAAUCAAAUUUCUGUGUUGUUGGUUAUGAUGUGUAUGAACCAACUCUAGUUCGAUUUGCAAAUGCUGGUGGCUUGGUUGGAAAUUCUCCUGCAGAAGUGAGUAAAGAUGUUGAUGUUCUGAUAAUCAUGGUUGCCAACGAAGCUCAAGCAGAGAACGCUUUAUAUGGAGAACAUGGUGCAGUUUCAGUUCUUCCUCCUGGAGCAUCAAUUGUUCUUUCUUCUACUGUUUCUCCAGCAUAUGUGAGUCAGCUAGAGCGCAGAUUGCAUAAUGAAGGAAAGAAUUUAAAGUUUGUGGAUGCCCCUGUUUCUGGAGGUGUUAUGAGGGCCUCAAUGGGAGAUCUUACGAUAAUGGCUUCAGGAACUGAUGAUGCUCUUAAGAGUGCUGGUUUAGUGUUAUCAGCCUUGAGCGAAAAGCUUUAUGUUAUCAAAGGUGGCUGUGGUUCUGGGAGUGGUGUAAAGAUGGUUAACCAACUGCUUGCCGGAGUUCAUAUUGCAUCAGCUGCUGAGGCAAUGGCAUUUGCAGCACGAUUGGGUUUGAAUACUAGACUGCUGUUUGAUUUUAUUACAGUUAGUGGUGGAACAUCCUGGAUGUUUGAAAAUCGUGUCCCACACAUGCUAAACAAUGAUUACACACCUUAUUCAGCACUUGAUAUCUUUGUUAAGGACCUGGGAAUUGUUACUCGUGAAUCAUCUUCUUUGAAAGUUCCACUGCACCUAUCGACUAUUGCUCACCAACUGUAUCUGUCAGGUUCAGCUGCUGGUUGGGGACGGAAAGAUGAUGCUGGUGUGGUAAAGGUUUAUGAGACACUAACUGGUGUUAGAGUUGAAGGAAAACUGCGGGCUCUUAAGAAAGAUGUUGUGUUGCAUUCUCUUCCACCUGAGUGGCCCCAAGAUCACGUUCUUGAUAUACAAAGGGAAAUAGAAAGCAAUUCAAAAACUUUGGUUGUUCUAGAUGAUGAUCCAACAGGAACACAAACUGUUCAUGAUAUUGAAGUUUUAACUGAAUGGACUAUUGAUUCACUGGUAGAGCAAUUUAGAAAAAGUCCAAAAUGCUUUUUCAUUUUGACAAACUCCAGGUCACUGAGUUCUGAGAAGGCUAGUAUAUUGAUAAAAGAGAUUUGCAAAAAUCUAGACAGUGCAGCAAAAUCUGUUGACAGCAUUGAUUACACAGUAGUUUUGAGGGGAGAUUCAACUUUGCGUGGUCAUUUUCCAGAGGAACCAGAUGCUGUCAUUUCAGUAUUGGGUGAAAUGGAUGCAUGGAUAAUUUGUCCCUUUUUUCUUCAAGGAGGCCGUUACACUAUUGAAGAUAUACAUUUUGUUUCUGAUUCUGAUACGCUUGUUCCUGCUGGGGACACAGAGUUUGCCAAAGAUGCUGCCUUUGGCUAUAAAUCUUCAAAUCUACGUGAUUGGGUAGAGGAGAAGACAAAUGGCCGAAUUCUUGCAAGUAGUGUUGUAUCUAUUUCAAUCCACCUUUUGAGGAAAGGGGGGCCAGAUGCAGUUUGUCAACAUCUAUGCAGUUUGCAGAAGGGAUCAAUAUGUGUAGUUAACGCAGCUAGUGAAAGAGACAUGGCUGUAUUUGCACUUGGAAUGAUCAGGGCAGAAUUGAUGGGAAAACGUUUCUUGUGUCGCGCUGCUGCUAGUUUUGUUUCUGCCCGGAUUGGAAUCAUCUCCAAGCCUCCAGUAUUGCCAAAGGAUAUAGGAAUAGUUAGAGAAAGAAAUGGUGGUUUGAUAGUUGUGGGAUCAUAUGUUCCAAAAACAACAAAGCAGGUUGAAGAGCUUAAACUACAAUGUGGUCAGUUCUUAAGAAGCAUUGAGGUAUCUGUUGAAAAAGUUGCAAUGAGAUCUAUUGAGGAGCAGGAGGAGGAAAUCAGUAGAACAGCUGAAUUGGCAGAUGUAUAUCUUAAAGCUCAUAAAGACACUCUUAUAGUGACUAGUCGAAAUCUCAUAACUGGAAAAACUGCCUCUGAGAGUUUGGAUAUUAACUUUAAAGUGAGUUCUGCGCUGGUGGAAAUAAUGAAAAGAAUAACAACAAAACCUCGCUAUAUAAUUGCAAAGGGUGGUAUUACAUCAUCAGACCUUGCUACUAAAGCCCUUGGUGCAAGAUGCGCCAAGAUUGUCGGACAAGCACUUGCUGGUAUUCCCUUGUGGCAAUUAGGCCCUGAAAGUAGACAUCCUGGAGUUCCUUACAUUGUCUUCCCUGGUAAUGUUGGCGACAGCAAAGCAUUGGCAGAAGUGGUGAAGUCUUGGACUUGUCCUAUCAGACUUUCAUCAACAAAAGAUAUUCUUAAAAAUGCAGAAAAGGGUGGAUAUGCUGUUGGAGCAUUUAAUGUCUAUAAUUUGGAAGGGGUUGAGGCUGUUGUUUCUGCUGCAGAGGAAGAGCAGAGUCCUGCCAUACUACAGAUCCAUCCCGCCGCCUUGAAGCAAGGAGGAGUUCCCUUGGUUGCUUGUUGCAUUUCUGCUGCAGAGCAAGCCAGUGUUCCCAUUACUGUUCACUUUGAUCAUGGAACUUCAAAGCAAGAUCUUGUGGAAGCUCUUGAGCUGGGAUUCAGUUCGGUGAUGGUCGAUGGUUCAAAUCUUUCUUUCAAUGAAAAUGCUGCAUAUACAAAGUUUAUAUCAUUAUUGGCUCACUCAAAAGAUAUGUUGGUAGAAGCCGAGCUAGGAAGAUUGUCAGGGACAGAAGAUGAUUUGACAGUCGAAGAAUAUGAAGCCAAGCUAACAGAUGUUAAUAUGGCACAAAAAUUCAUUGAUGAAACUGGCAUAGAUGCUUUGGCAGUGUGUAUCGGUAAUGUGCAUGGAAAGUACCCAGCAAGUGGUCCAAAACUCAGACUUGAUUUGCUUAAGGAGCUGCAUGAUUUGAGCCAGAAGAAAGGAGUUUUUCUAGUGCUACAUGGCGCAUCAGGUUUGGGCGAAGAACUUGUUAAGGAAUGCAUAAAUCUUGGUGUUAGAAAGUUCAAUGUCAACACUGAAGUAAGGAAGGCAUACAUGGACUCCCUCAUUACUCCCAAGAAAGAUCUAGUUCAAGUUAUGGCUUCUGCAAAGGAAGCCAUGCAAGCUGUGGCUGCAGAAAAGAUGCGUCUCUUUGGUUCAUCCGGAAGGGCAUGAUUUUCUACAAGUUUAAUUACUCUCUAGGAUUGAAUCAUUGAUGACUUUCAUUGGUUGUCUAUCUGUAAAUAAUGUUCACAUCUUAAAAUCAAAAUAACCGAAACUUACUUCAUGUGCAAUAAAGAAACGUUAUCA